GAUAAUUGUCAGAGCUAUUAAAAAUAACUGUACUAUCAUAGUCACAUAAACUGUAAAAUAAACAAGCUUUCGUGUUUUGAGUAUUUUUGAGAAUUUCGAUGUUUAUGGUUUUGCAAAAGCAGUUUAUAAAUCAAUUAGGGCUUAGUUUACGUAGACGUGAUAGUGUUGCUGUAGAUGAUGCCUAGGACGAAACAAAUACGAAAGAAGUCUUCAGUGAAUGAAAAACACAAUCUAGGUGGAGCAUCUGUUUCCAACGAGAAUUUGCAUUCCGAUAGCCAUGAAGCGCCGCCUUUGUCAGCAAAGGAACUUGUAGCUAAUGAGUACGAGUCGAUGCAAUGUUUCCAUGAAGAAUUCAGUAUUUACUAUGACCUUCAAAUAAACAAACACAACCUUGCUUAUAACAAAGCUUGUGAAGAAGUAAAAAACAUGAUAUACGAUUUACUUCAGCAGCUUCCAAAUGUUAUCAAGCUAUCAAACGUCCACGGAGAUAUACACAAGGAUAACUUGGAAGAACAACAAGAAAUGACCUCAAAUUUUGAUUUAAAUAUCAGCCAAUCAGCAUCUAGUAAAUCUACAGAAACGAUUCAACUGAAACAAUUUAAAACACCUCGAAAGGUCAACACUCGUAGCUCCACAAAGAAACUUCCACUGGCUACAGCCCCAGGUCCAGCUCUUCAAGUUGAAGUCUUUAAGACGCCAUUGUUGAGUGCCAGGCGCCUUCCACUCGGAACAACCAUAACACCCAAGAUCUACAGUGAAACUCCAAUCACUGUGAUGAGACGUCCUCUCCAUGGAGAACUGGCCAUUUCAUUGAGUGGUAGUCCUCUAAUGGUAGGGGCCACAUCAUGCGAGGAUAUUCCCACAGUCAACGUGCCGCUACAGGAUGGGAGAAUAUUUUCAAUCAUGCCAGAGGAAGGAGCUCCAUUUGACAUUCCCUCUCUUGACGAGACAACAAAGAAGUACUUAAAGACUCUCCGUGAUCACCUACAAAUUCUUGCCCCAAAUAGUCCAUAAAUGUUCAUUUUAAAUUGCUUUUUUUAAGUUUUACAUAAGUUCUUCUCUUUAUGCUCCUCUAAUAUGGUAUUUUUGUAUAUCUCUGUUUCUUUUACUGUAAAAAGGUUGUACAGUUUUCAUAGCUUAUAUUUUCGUAAAGGGAACUUGAAUAUGUCUUCGAUAGACAGUUUAAAUACGUAUAAUCAAGUAAUACAACGUGUCAUUUUUAUUUUUACCUACGUUAUCUUUAAUACAAGUGUAUUAUAAAACGAUGUGAUGUUAGUAAUGUUUGUUUAAAUAAACAUAUUCCAAUUUUUAAACGA